AUGGACAACAAGGAAAAAUGUUGUAUAAUAGAAUCAGUGUUCGGUUACAAUCUCGAGUUCGGAGUCAGGUUCGUAGGAACUUCAACCAUUCUGGUGUCCUUAGCAACAUUUUUGGCGGCGGUCGUCGGUUUGGUAGUCAUGACGUCAAAAGAGAACGAGAUGUAUGGCCGCCAUCCCAUCCAGGCGGCCAAUCUGGUUAUCGUACUGGUUUUCUUUCCGAUGUCUCUGUAUCAAAUUUUAUUGUCUACACUGCUUCUGUGGCAAGCAGUUAAGAUGCACGGCAACGUGUUCCUAUGCUCGCUAUGGUUCUCGUCCCACACGACGAUACUGUCGGUAUACGCAAUCCUGUUUGUAGGCAAAGCAGCCGUGUGUUUACUCAACGCUUAUUAUAUCACGGGACUCAUUAUCGUGAUAGCUGGCAUUCUGUAUGAGGGUACGUAA